CAAAGUCUGCGCCGGCAGUCAGUGUUGUUUCUUUAGCGCGACGUGCAAUUUGCUGGGGAUUAUUGGCGUCGUUCGCCACUUCCACCAACCCCUCGCCCAGAACAUGAAGAAGACCGGCGAGGGGAUGUUUGUUUUAUUUAUAUUUUUCAUGUUCUGCUUUUUGUGCGCAUUUGGCCACCCAUGUGAGCGACAAUGUGAUGACGGCAGCGAGCCGCUCAAGUGCCAUUACAAAUUUACCCUCCACGCUAGUGUUAUUGACUGUGAUCACUGCCAAAGAAACGCCACUUGUGGUGGGGGAAGUUGCGAAUUUAGUAGAAAAUUAGCUUUGACUAUAAACAAAAAGUCUCCAGGACCAACAAUCAAGGUCUGCAAGGGAGACCAGAUUGUGGUUGACGUGGUAAACCGACUGCCUGGAAGUUUUGAAACGUCGAUCCACUGGCAUGGAGUUUUGCAAACGGGCACUCCGUAUUACGACGGCGUGCCGAAAGUGACGCAAUGCCCGUUGACCCCAGGCUCUUCCUUCAGAUACUCGUUUUCAGCCGAAAAUCCUGGAACCCACUUUUAUUACGCCUCUUCUGUUUCCCAGCACGCUGACGGCAUUUACGGCGCUUUGAUUGUGAACGAGCCUCAAAAGUACAAACACGAAGAACUGCUGUUGAUUGGAACAAGAAAUUACGCCCUUUUGAGUGGAGCGUACGGAGCAGUUCAAGGUGCAUUGGUUGGGCUCAACAGACCGAUCGCGAAAAUCGUUCUGAACGGAAAAGCAGUGCAUGAGAAAUUGGAUGAAUUCGAUGUCACGGAAGGAGAAACGGUUUUCAGAGUGAUCAAUGCUGCUGCAUUUGAUUGUCCGGUAGAAAUGACUCUGGAAAAUCACGUGUUUAAAGUUUUAAAUGUCCAAGGUGCAGACAUUUUGCCGAUAUACGUUAAAAAGCUCACCAUUUAUCCUGGGGAAAGAUAUGACAUGCAAAUUUUCCUCUCGGGAGAGCCGUGCAAAUAUUGCCAAAUGCAGAUUUCCGGUCUGCACAAAUGUGGCCAACUGGAAAAAUUGAAAACAAUCGUCAGACCUGCUGAAACUCGAGAAAUUAUUAACAAAAAACCUUUUAAAACUUUGUCUGCGAAUUGCACCGAGGAUUCCAACAACUACUGCAGUGCCCAAUUGGAAAGUCCCGAUUCACCAAAUUUCGAGUUCAUUCCCGACUUGACCUUUUUCCUCUCAUUUGGUUUGAACAAAGUUUCCCAAGUGUCCGUCGACGACGUUGAAUUCAGAUUUGUUUUGAACGACAUUGAAUACUACCCAACAUUUCUGGACAGUGGCGACGAGGAUCCAACCCUUGCACCACAAAUUAACACCGUCUCAUUCCGACCCCCUUCAACCCCUAUUCUGACGCAAUACGAAGACAGGAACGAAGCGACCGAGUGCGAAACCUACGCCAAUCUGGUCCCGAGCGCGGCAAACCGGCCGCCGACCACUUGCAAAAGUGCACCUUACUUUUGCGAGUGCGCCCAUUUCAUUAGGGCCGGAGUAAAUGCGACUGUAAAACUAGUCUUCAAGCAUGAUGGUAUAAGUAAUGAGGCUGUCGCUUUUCACAUGCACGGCCAUAAACUGUACGUGGCCAACUGGCAACAGGCGGGACGAGAAGGGAAAAGCAACCAGAGGCCCAUCUGCAGGGACACAAUUGUGGUGCCUCCAGCAGGAGAGGUUACUGCAUUUUUCAAGGCAGACAAUCCUGGAUUUUGGCUACUAGAAAGUCGUGCUGGCCACAUAACUUCGGCCGGCGUUGGUAUGGCCCUUAUCGUCCAAGUUGGCACUCCCAAAGAUAUCCCUUCGCCUCCAACUGGAUUCCCGACUUGCAGAGGAUUGAAGCCUGACGACUUUAUAUUUUAAAUUAUUAUUUUUUUAAUUAAAAAUAGUCAAGUUUAUUGAAAAAUAUAUUGGUUUU